AUGCUUAUAGUCUCGGAGAGGAUACAGAAAACAGAUAGAAAAUUAUAUGACUCCCAAGGUGCUUUGGGAACCCAGAAGAGGAGCCCCUCCCCACCAGCAGACCAGGCUGAAGAAGGUGGUCUGGGAAAGCUCGUGGAGGAGACCGACCCUCUGAUUCGUGGCGACCGCGCCCUUUCGAGCAGCGGGGAGCUCGUCCGGACUCCGGCUGCGCCGCCUCCUUCGGAUGCCGGCUGCCUCCGGAAAGCCACGCGGCCACUCUCGGGCGCGCGCCCCCCGACCGCACACGCCCGCUCACGCAUGCUCCCGGCGCUCCCACGCGCGCAGGCCCUUCACCGGCGCCGCCCACGCAGCCUCGUGCUCCGGGCGCGCGGGCUCCGCUGCUGCGCGGGGCCCGUGGAGGCAGUUGCCGGAGCUGGGAUGAGCUAUCGGAGGAUGCUGCAGCGCGGGGCGCGUCGCCCCCCUCAGUCCACCAGAGCCCGGAUACCUCAGAAAUUCGGCUCUGGGUCUGUGGGGAGCGAAAUGCAACCCAAACACCGUUUUACCGAACCCCGCGCAAAUAAACACGCACAGGCACUCACACAGACGUCGCCGCGACCCGCGCUUGCCGCGGCAGAUCCCGGCCGCGGGCGGCCAAGAAAGAGCCCGGGACCCGGGAGGGGCCGCUGCCUACGCCUCAAAGUCCAAGGUGUCGCCGCUCGGGAUCGGCCGCUAAAAGGGUUGAACUGGCCUCGCAUCAUCUGCCCACUGCCUUCGGCUUCUGCAGCUCUUUCACCUCUAGCUGCUCGCACCUCUGGUCUCUCCUUUCCCCUGCUUCCCUGGCUCAGUGGCUCUGGGCCUGGGCCCUGCAGACUCCGGAGCCGGAUCCGGAAACUGGGAAGAGCGGCCUGGGCGGCGGCGAAGCAAAGCCUCGCGGUUUCAGCCUGAGCAGAACGCGGGGGAGGCCCGGGUCUAGGGUGUUUUGGGAGACCUGCCCCCAGGUCCCGGGGGUACGCCCCUCGCCAGGAGCGCGCGCGUGGCUGCUAGGGAGGGGUGAGCAAAGGACGAGGAAACGCGCCCACACAGUGAGCUGCCCCUCCAGCCCAGAAGGCUUACGAAUUGACAUGUACUUGAAUCCCCAGUGGGAUCCUGUCAGAAAUGCAGAUUUCUGGGCGUCCCUCUCAUUCAGUCGAUCAAGGUGGGGCCCAGGAAUCUGACUUUCGAAUAAGAACGCCCUCUCCCGUCCUCCACGAUUCCGGUGCAAAGAGACCCGAGGUCCACUCUGCUUGUCAGCUGCUCUAGGCAGGGAUGACUGUCUUGUACUUCUUCUCCUGACAGUUCAUAGCUUCGCACGAGGUUAGGGUUCCACCUCGCUAAAGGCGAAUGAAUGAAUGAAUGAAAUUUUAAAAACUCAUUGUAACAAACAAUUCAUGCAAAAAAUACAAAAUCCAAAAUUGUCAAAAAAGGUACAGGGAAGAGUAAACAUCCUUGUUCUUCCUGUAUCCCAGCCUUUCAAUUCUCUAUAAGCCAUCAGUGAAAAUGGUUUCUUGGAAGUAUUUUCAGAUUUAUUUUAUGCACAUGUCAGCAUUUCUAUAUCUAUUCUCUUUCUUUAUGUUUGUUGAUGUUACUGAUAUAGGUGACAUAGCAUUACGAUUGGUAGUAUAUUAUGCUUGCUAGUUCACUUAUUAAUACAAUAGAGCUGCCUUGUUCCAUUGUACCUAAUGAUUUAAUAGUCCCCAAUAGUUGGUCGUUUAAGUGUCCAGUAUUUUCCUGUUACAAACAAUGUUUCAGUGAACAUCCUUAUUCUUACAUCAUUGUACACAAGUGCAAACGUAUCUGUAGGAUAGAUUCCUAGGAAGUUGAAUUGCUGUGUCAAAGGUUUAUUUGUGCAUUCUCUGAUAGAUACUGCCAAGUUGCUCUCAUAGAGAUUGUAUCCAUUUUACUCUCACUAACAAUGAUAAAAGUGGCAUUUCAAAUUAGUGUAGAAGAGGAAGAAUGUUCAUUAUCAGUGGUUCUGGGACAAAAUUCCCACUUCACUCCUUUUACAAAAGUAUAUUCUGGAUGAAGAAAAUACAGGUAUAAAAAUAAAACCAGGAAAAGCACUAAAAUAAAACGUGAUGAAGUUAUUUAAUAAACUGAGUGCAAUAUAACCCCAAACCUAGAAGAAUUUAAAAAAUUGAUAAAUACAAAUAUAUGAAUUUCUCUAAGACAAAAAAUAAGGUACCGUAAACAAAAUCAAAAAAACUGGGAAAGAAUAAUUACAAUACAUAUCACAAAAAAAGGGCUGGUUUCCUUAAAAUGUAAAUAACUCCUACAAACCAGUAAGAAAACGACCAACGAUGCAAUAGAAAAAUGACCAAACUCAAGAACAGAUAAAUUACAAAAAAGAAAUACAAAUUAUUGUAUGUAUAAAAAGAUGCUCACCUUCAUUCAUAACAAGACAUGGAUUGAAACUACAACUAGAAACCAUCUUUCAGCUGUUUCAUAACAUGUAGGGUAUGUUGUUGGUGAGAUUUACAUUUAAUUUUCUUCUGUAAAUGCAGCAUUGUUUAAAAUGGCCUCUGGAAUUCCCUGGCAAUCCAGUGGUUGGGACUCCACGCUUUCACUGCCAAGGGCCCGGGUUUGAUCCCUGGUCAGGGAACUAAGGUCCUACAAGAUCCCUGCACGGUGGGUAAAAACAAAAAAUUUUUUUUAAUAGAAUGGCCUCAAGCUGGAAAUAACCUACAUGUCCAUCAAUAAUGAACUGUUUGAAGAAAGUAAGGUAGAGCCUUGUAAUUGAAUUGAAUACAACGCAGACGUUUAAAAAAUGAGGAAGAUCCAUAUAUACUGCUAUGGAAAAAUAACCAAGAUUAUAUGAAAAAAAUUGAUACGUAAAUGAGUACUUAAUAUUCUUUUUAUGUUAAGUAAUGCUAAUAAUAAUAAUAGUAAUAAUGUAUAUUAGCAUGACUGUGUGUGCAGAGAAAAUUUCUGGAAGGAUAUAUGAACGGUUAACAGUGCUGGGGCAGGAGGGACAGUGGUAUGAAGGGUGGGGGUCUUUUUACUGAUUGCCUGUUUGUAAUGUUUGAGUCGUUUUCAUAAUAAGCCUAUCUUAUCCUUGUAAUAAGUUAAUUUUAAAAAGAUAGAGCAAAAAAAUUCCUAAGCUAAUGAGGAAGGAAUAAAAAGCAUUUGGUGCCUGUUCUUAAGUUCACUUUCCAAUAGUCAGCCCUGAUACUGCU